AUGACUCUCUCUCACUCUCUCUCGCGCACUCUCACUUUCUCUCUCUGUCUAUAUCACUCGCUCUCUCUCUCUCUCUCUCUCUCUCUCUGCUGUCACUAUCUCUCUCUUUAUCUCUUUCUUUUUUCUCUCUUCUCUCUUUGUCUCUCUUUCUCUCUCUUUUUCUCUAACUUUCUCUCUUUUCUCUCUAUUUUCUCUCUCUCUCUUAUUUUAAGUCCGAAGCUGAUUUCAUCGCUGAAGGAAGAUCUAAACAGGCCGCCAUUAUCUUUCUCUCUCUCUUUCCCCUCUCUCUUUCUUUCUCACUUUCUCUCUCUUUUUAUCUCACUCUUUUCUCUCACUUUCUCGUUCUCUCUUCUCUCUCUUCUCUUCUCUCCCUCCCUCCCUCUCUCUCUCUCUCUUCCUCUCUCUCUUAUAAAGCCAACGCUGAUUUCACCCAUGGAGGAAGAUCUAAACAAGCUGCCACUAUCUCUCUCUUUAUCUCUUUCUUUUUCUCUCUUCUCUCUUUCCCUCUCUCUCUCUCUCUCUCUCUCUCUCUUUCUCUGUUUAUCGCUCACUUUCCCUCUCUUUCUCUCUCUAUUUAUCUCCCUCUCUCUUUUCUCUCUAUUUUUCCCUCUUAUUCUCUUCUUUAAGGCCGAAGCUGAUUCCAUCCAUGAAGGAAGAUCUAAACAGGCCGCCACUCUCUCUCUCUCUCUCUCUCUCUCUCUCUACCUCCUCUCUCUCUCUUUAUCUUUUUUUCUCUCUCUCUCUCUCCCUCUCUCUCUUAUUAUAAAGCCAACGCUUAUUUCACCCUGA